GGGCCGGGAAGAUGGCUGACCCGUCCUCGUCGGAUUCCGACCCCGGCCCAGCUCAGAGUAACCAGGCCAGUUCGAAAUGGCUGGACGCGCACUACGACCCCUUGGCCAACAUCCACACCUUCUCCGCCUGCCUGGCGUUAGCGGAUUUGCACGGGGACGGGGAGUACAAGCUGGUGGUGGGUGACCUUGGCCCAGGGGAGCAGCAGCCCCGACUGAAAGUAUUCAAAGGACCCACGGUGCUGACAGAAAGCCCGCUGCCUUCCCUGCCAGCUGCCGCCGCCACCUUCCUCAUGGAACAGCAUGAGCCCCGCACUCCAGCACUAGCCCUUGCGUCAGGCCCAUGUGUCUACGUGUAUAAGAACCUGAGACCCUACUUCAAGUUCAGCCUGCCUCAGUUGCCUCUCAAUCCUGUGGAACAGGACCUUUGGAAUCAGGCCAAGGAGGACCAGAUGGACCCCUUAACCCUGAAGGAGAUGCUGGAGAGCAUCCGGGAGAAGGCAGAGGUGCCUUUGUCUGUACAGUCCCUCAGGUUUCUGCAGCUGGACCUGAAUGAAAUGGAGGCAUUUGUGAACCAGCAUAAGUCCAAGCCCAUCAAGCGGCAGACUGUCAUCACCACCAUGACCACCCUGAAGAAGAACCUGGCUGACGAGGACGCCAUAUCCUGCCUGGUCCUGGGCACUGAGAACAAGGAGCUCCUUGUGCUUGACCCCGAGGCCUUCACAAUUUUGGCCAAGAUGAGCCUCCCCAGCGUCCCUGUCUUCCUGGAGGUUUCUGGCCAGUUUGAUGUGGAGUUCCGGCUCGCAGCUGCCUGCCGCAAUGGAAACAUCUAUAUCCUGAGAAGAGACUCCAAACGCCCCAAGUACAUCAUCGAGCUGAAUGCCCAGCCAGUGGGGCUUGUCCGGGUCCACAAGGUCCUGGUGGUGGGCAGCACCCAAGACAGCCUGCACGGCUUCACCCACAAGGGUAAGAAGCUGUGGACAGUGCCGCUGCCCGCCGCCAUCCUGACCAUGAACCUCCUAGAGCAGCGCUCCCGGGGCCUGCAGGCCGUCAUGGCCGGGCUGGCCAAUGGCGAGGUCCACAUCUACCGUGACAAGGCCCUGCUCAAUGUCAUCCGCACCCCGGAUGCUGUGACUAGCCUUUGCUUCGGCCGCUACGGGCGGGAGGACAACACCCUCAUCAUGACUACUAAAGGCGGUGGCCUGAUCAUCAAGAUCCUGAAGCGUACAGCAGUGUUUGUGGAAGGGACAGGAGAGGUGGGCCCCCCACUGGCCCAGGCCACGAAACUCGAUGUGCCCCGAAAAACCCGACUCUAUGUGGAUCAGACCCUGCGAGAGCGGGAAGCUGGUACUGUCAUGCACCGGACCUUCCAGGCAGACCUCUACCUUCUGCGCCUCCGAGCUGCCCGCACCUACGUGCAGGCCCUCGAGUCCAGCCUGAGCCCCAUGUCAGCCACGGACCGGGAGCCGCUCAAGAUCCACGCAGUGGUUCAGGGCCUGGGCCCCACCUUUAGGCUCACACUUCACCUGCAGAACACUUCGACAGCCCGGCCUCUGCUGGGGCUGCUGGUCUGCUUCCUGUACAACGAGGCUCUCUAUGCCUUGCCCCGGGCCUUCUUCAAGGUCCCCUUGCUGGUGCCAGGGCUCAGCUACCCCCUGGAGACCUUUGUGGAGAGCCUCAGCAGCAAGGGCAUCUCAGACAUGAUCAAGGUGUUGGUGCUCCGCGAAGGCCGCAGCGCCCCCCUGCUGAGCGCCCACAUCAACAUGCCGGUGAGCGAGGGGCUGGCGGCCGCCUGAGGCUCGGCCAGCGGCCACGCCCCCGUGGGCUGGAGCCAGGCACUUCCGGCGCCGGGUGGGUCCAGCGGCGUCAGGCCACGCCCUCUGCUGCCCAGCCGGGCACCACCCACGCCGCUGCGAGGGGGCGGGGCUAGCGCCUCUCUCCCAGGCGGCCCCUGCCCCUCCCUCGGGACCCCAGGCACUGCCCACCGCCCUGCUGCCCAGCACCCUUCCCAGCGCCUCCCAGAACCUUCACCAGGCCCCGGAAAGCUGCGAGGCUCUCAGUCAAGCCGAGAAGAGAGGCUCCGCCCUUCUCCAUCCCCCUGAGGCACACGGCCGCGUGGCUGUCCACCGCAGGCCCCUUCACCCCUGGGGUUCAGAGGCCAGGUGAAGCAGGAAGCAUCCCGCUUCCUCCUGGGCAAGCCAGAGGCGCUGCUUCGCUGCGGCCCGAGGAAAUGCCGCCUUCCCAAGUCCUGAACUCAGCCGCUCCCUCGAGCCUCUGAGGCCCAGAAGUUUUCCAAUUUAAAAGGUGAUUCUAGAGGGCAGAGGGGGGGUCCGUGGAGGGAGUUAGAGACCCCACCCCUCCCCAGAGCUCCCUCCUGGAGAACACACAGCAGCUGCUUCUGACCUGGAUGCCCAAAGAUAACAUCCCUGGAAAGGAAGGCCAUGCUACACAGCACGGGUGGGCUGGUGGUACCAGAACAGGCAUUUGUGGGGCUAGGGGAGGUAGCCCAGUGUACAGAUGCCCAGAAGUGCCCAUCAGGAUGCUAGUCUACACCUGAGAGCCAAGUCAGCCCAGUGGAUAGUUUACAAGGCGAUGGCCGGAGUGGGACAGAAUAUACUAGAAAAGCACCCACCAGAAGUGUGGAGUGAAGCUGAGGACUCAAGGUAUGUGUUUAAAUCCCAAAGGCCAAAGACCCCGGGCCUCCUCACAGGCUGCCUGAAGCCACUUGGGGAGUCAGGAUCACUGCUCCCUACCCCCCCCAGCCCCUCCUGACUGUGUUGUCCUGGCACACAGCUUUCAGGAAGAAAGGGAAUCCCACUAGGCUUCAGUCUCCAGAUUGUUGCUGAGCUGCUUUCAGCUCUCACACCCUCCAAGCCGGGCAGAGAAAGAUGACUGACAGCAGUAACUGCCCAGCUUCUGCCCUCAAACCCCAAGCGCCCCAAGAUGGCCACCCGUGCCCAGUAACAGCCUCUAUGCCCCAAAUGCAACAACAAGGGAAACGGGGCACCCCACCGCUUCCAAGAAGGGUAUCCCUGGCCAGGUUAAGAGAAACAAGGGGUCUGGAUAGAAGCAAAAGCCCAUCCCUGGGCUGGGAAUAUGGCCUAGUGGCAAGUGCUUGCCUUGCA